GCGGCGACCGUACCGGCGGAGCAGGCUGCAGGCGCCGCGACGUCAACGGCCCAGGACGCCACUCGCCAGGUGAGAAAUGGCUUCUAGUGUGGAGCGGAGGGAUCAUUCCUCCCGUAGGUCGGGGCACACAAGGUCCCGUUCUCCGGUGAGGGACCGUGUAUCGCCGCCACGCAAGCAGAGCCCGUCAGCUCGUAAGGACAGGUCGCGGGCUGAGAGGAGUCGCUCACCUAGGAGGCGGUCUCCUGUUAAGGCCAGCCUUUCACACAGGGAGAGGUCGCCGCAGAGAGAGAAGGUGAAAGAGCGGGUCAGGUCGCCGAAACACACUCGGGCACUGUCACGGUCGCCAUCACCUGCUGGGAAACGGGAGCCUCGGUCGCUCUCACCACGGUCCAAGAGACUAAAGAGAGCUCAGGAUGAGCGUGAAAGGUCAGAAGUAAUUGAGGGCGACCAUCGGAAGCCUCCCAGCAGGGAAGAACGGAGCACACGGAAGCACAGGGAGCGUGAUGAGGGGAGGGAUGUAUCAAGGGAUAGGAAGGUGGACGGAAGACUGGAUAAUGAUGACGGGAGGGAUCACUCUCACUCAAGAGAUAGAAGGGCUGACAGGGAUGACCGGUCAGGUGCUUCAAGAGAGGCACGGUCAGGCCGGGAUGAUGAAAGGAAUGAUUCAAGAGGGAAAAGGUCAGAUCCCUAUGAUCGAAAAGGUGCUUCCAGGGAGCAAAGGACAGACCAGGAUGAUAGAAGGGAUUCAGUACGACAGAGAAUGUCAGAUCGGCAUGAGAAUAAUGCUGGAUCAGGAAGAUCAUCUAGGCGUGGCCGAUCAGUGUCUCCAGAAGAGAAUACACAUAGGGGCAGGCAUGAAUCUCACUCAUCACCAAGGGCAUCCAGAAGUGCAGCACGUCUUGAGGAUACAAGCUCUAGAGCAGAUGGAGCAUCCCGGAGUGGUGAUCCUGAUUCAUUGGCAAUGAUGAAUACUGCUGCAGAAGCUCUGGAGGUGAAAGAGAAGCAAAAACCAUCAUUUGAGUUGUCUGGAAAGCUUGCCGAGGAGACUAACAAAGUUGGAGGUAUAACUCUGUUGUAUUCAGAACCUUCAGAGGCUCGCAAAUCAGAUAUUAGAUGGAGACUCUAUGUCUUCAAGGGUGGUGAAGCACUGAAUGAACCACUGUAUGUUCAUCGUAUGAGCCACUACCUUUUUGGAAGGGAAAGGAGGAUUGCGGACGUCCCCACAGAUCAUCCCUCCUGCAGCAAGCAACAUGCAGUUCUUCAAUAUAGACUUGUAGAGAAGGAGCAACCAGAUGGCAUGAUGGCGCAGAAAGUGAGGCCAUAUCUGAUGGAUCUCGGUAGUACCAAUGGGACAUUUAUUAAUGAGAACCGCAUUGAGCCUCACCGUUACUACGAACUUUUUGAAAGGGACAACAUUAAGUUCGGCAAUAGCAGUCGGGAGUAUGUCUUGCUCCAUGAGAACUCCACAGAAUGAGGAAAGAAGACACAGAUGAGUCGAAGAUGUAAAGCGCGGUAGGAGCUGUGCCUGAAAACAGUUUGACCUAUUGAGGAUAUUAUAUGGACGGUCGAGACAUCAUAGCUGUGCUAGCAUGUUUCGUAGAUGGUUCUUUAUGGUGUCUUAGAACGGACGGCGAACU